AUACAAGCCGCCGCCGCCGGCACCCGCACCUCCUCUUCCCAUCCCGUCGAGGGUUCCCGGCGGCCACCUCUUCUGCCGGCCGGUCAGGAGAUGGCGUCGCCUCUGUCGGAGAUCCCCGACCACCUCUUGGCCGAGAUCUUUCUCCGGCUGCCCAAUCCUGAAGACCUCGUCCGCGCAUCCGUGGCCUGCGUCUCCUUCCACCGUCUCGCCACCGACGGCUCCUUCCUCCGCAGAUUCCGCCGCCUCCACGCUCCACCAGUCCUCGGAUUCCUCUGGGCCGGCGGCAUGUUCUAUCCCACUCUGCCGCCUCACCCCUCCGCGCCCGCCGCCCGCGCGCUCGACCUCGCAGCCGACUUCUACUUCACCUUCAUCCCCUCCUACUACCGCUGGACCGUGCAGGACAUCCGCGACGGCCGCGUUCUCCUCGAAGGCGACAUCGAAAAAGAUGAGCGCCCCCCUGUUUUCAAGGAUCUCGCGGUGUGUGACCCCUUGCACCUUCGGUACGUCCUGCUCCCUCCGCUACCUCACGACCUAGCCGCUUCGCUUGAGCACCCGUUCCCCAUGGUAAGCGAGGCCCGGUGCAAGGAGGUGGCAGCGGGAGAGGCAACAUUCAGAGUGAUCUUGAUGGCAAAUUGCAAAACUAGUCUGGAUGCCUUCGUCUUCUCCUCAAGCACUGGGCAAUGGGAAGCCGCUGCGUCCAAGGGUUGGAGUGAUUUGGCCCUUAGCGAAGGUGACAUGGCCAAGAUGUCAUGGGUCCACCCUUAUAUUCUCAGGCGCCAUUAUGCUUAUGGCUGCUUCUACUGGGAUUGGGUGGAAUUUGGGAGGAAAAAAUUGCUCUUGCUUGACACCAGGAGCAGGAAGAUGGAGUUCUCCAUUGCUGACCUCCCGCCUGGAGAAUGGAGCAGGAAAGGAGGAAUAGCCAUUGUGGAGGCAGGGGAAGGGAAGCUUGGGAUGUUUGCUUUCCAUGGUGAAACUUCAUCCGAUCUCAGCUAUACCAUUGCACGGAACAAAGGCAAGAGUCCCAGCCAGUGACAAAUGGAGAAGACAAUCUCACUAGAUUCUGGGUACAGAUAUUUUAUGAGAGAUGCAACACAGAGGUACUUGGUCUUCACAAGGAGAGAAGCCUCAUCUCUAGAGAAUCCACUUGCUGGAUAUUUCUCAAUGGAUGUCAAGACGUUCCAGCUACAAAGGCUUUAUGAUGAUCCACAAUAUUUUAUAUAUCGGACACACACAUAUAUCAACUUCCCACCAUCAUUCAUGUCUUCAUGUAGAUUAUGAAGUGAUUGAAUGGAGUCGUUAUGAGAUCAGCGUUCUGGGUUCAAAGCGACCGCGGUUUCGGUGGCGUGGAGUUGACAUGGAUGUGUUCACCUUGCUGACAAGACACUAGUAGAAAAAGGGUCAAACGUGUGGCUAACCUUUAGCACCGGUUCGUGGCACGAACCGGUACUAAUGAGAGUGGUGGCAGGAUGU